CACCUGAUACACCGGGGCGGGAGUGUGGCGAAGGAAGGAGGGAGUGGCGCUGCCCAUCGCUUGCGAAAGCCUCUCCCUACCGUUAGUCAGCGCUGGUCUCGCUAUUUCUCUUUCCUCCCGCCCCUUCUGUGCGGUGCUGGGCUGUCGUUCCUGUUCCCCUCGGGGCCGGCGGCAGCGCGUCCUCCUCCUCCUUUCCCCCGAGCCCCAUGGCUUCGGCUGGCAGCGGCAUGGAGGAGGUGCGCGUCUCGGUGUUGACCCCGCUGAAGCUGGUGGGACUGGUGUGCAUCUUCCUGGCGCUGUGCCUGGACCUGGGAGCCGUGCUGAGCCCCGCCUGGGUGACGGCGGACCACCAGUACUACCUGUCCCUCUGGGAGUCCUGUCGCAAGCCCGGCAACUUGGACAGCUGGCUCUGCGAGUCGACGCUGCACAGCGACUGGCAGAUAGCUACUCUUGCUUUGCUGUUGGGUGGUGCUGCCAUUAUUCUUAUAGCUUUCCUGGUUGGGUUGAUCUCCAUCUGCGUGGGAUCUCGGAGGCGGUUCUACAGACCGGUUGCAGUCAUGCUCUUUGCUGCAGUCGUCCUUCAAGUGUGCAGCUUAGUCCUUUACCCAAUCAAGUUCAUCGAAACGGUCAGCUUGAAAAUAUAUCAUGAGUUCAACUGGGGCUAUGGCCUGGCCUGGGGUGCAACUAUAUUUUCAUUUGGGGGUGCCAUUCUUUAUUGCCUGAACCCUAAGAACUAUGAAGACUAUUACUAGAAUAACUCAAUGAAAACUACACUAGCAAAAGGAUUGCCCCAUCUUUUCUAACUCACCGUUUUUUUAGGACACUUGUGGAGCACCAAACAGUCUGCUCUCUCGAUAAAAUAGCCUUUGCCUUUUGGGUGUGAACACUGUAACCAGCUUUUACAACCAUUCAAAAAGAACUGCAGACACUAGGAUUGCUGAUCUUACAUAGGCAGAUGCUGCAAGCUGCUGAUACAUAAGCUUCAUUUUUCCUGACAACAAGCAAGAGGAUCUACGUGACUGCGAUCGUUGUGAGAAAACUAGUUGGAAUGAGAGUGCAAUGCCAGCAUCUGCUGUUGCCUUCAGGGGGGCAGCUGGGAUAGGCUCCAUUUAGAAGUUUCCCUGUAUCAUAGAGGAUUCAGAUGGCUGAUAAGCAGGUAGAGGCAUCCUGUACAGUAGGCUGUGUUGGCCCCUUGUUACUUGCUUAAAAAAUGGAAUUAGUUGCAAGUGACUGUGCUGAGGGCAGUGAAUGUAACUGGUUAAUGACUUCUCUAAUAUAUUCAUUCAACAGUCUUCUGGGAGAGUAAUAAUAAUUAAAAAAAAUAAAAGCAAGGUACCAACCACACAAGAUUUCAUGAAUUGAUAAUUUGCUUCAGUGUGCCAGCUGUGGCAGAUUGUUGAAGGAAGUCCAAAGCAGGAGACACGUGCUUCAGACUGUUUAGUUGGAAGGUGUCUCAGCAGUGAGUGUCGUGCUGGUAGGUUGGAGAUAAGAGGGAGCAGAAAUAGACUGAUCUGUCCCUGAGACAUCUAAAGUGUAUGAAUGAAUUGCAGGUGUCCUGAGUACCCAUUUAAACUUCUCAGUGCCAUCAUGAAAAUAACAAAUCUGGAACAACUUCAGUUCUGUUUUUCGGAGGUAUUUGUGAGUAAAAAUGAAUAUGUAAUACAAAUAUAAAUGCAGAGGGAGAGAGGUGAUCCAUCUUAAAAUGGUAAUAGGAGCUGUGAUGCAGUGGUUAAAAUGCUAACUUUGUCUACAUUUUUGAAAGUCUCUAACUGGUGUCCCCAAUUUUGGUUGGUGUUACAAAAUCAACAUAAACCAGUUUGUCUUCUGUAUAUGCUCUUGUACAGACUCUGUGUUAUGGGAAAUGCUUUAAAGUUCACAUCAAGUUAAGACAGACCUGGACAAAACAACUCCUUGUUAUUCCAUGUGUAAUCUAGUACUUACUAAACAUUCUUUUCUGAGGCUAUUGCAAAGAAAAAACUGCCAUGCUAAAAAAAAAUAACAUCUAGUCAGACUGUGAGCAUCUCUGAUCAUCAAGAGCACAACUGAGACCCCAUCAUGUCCCUACUAAAACAUUAACACUUCAGGAGGUAAUCUGAUCUCUUGUUUUUAAAAGCUGAGUUUAUAAUGGACUGCUUGAUGAUUCUGUGCACCUAAUUUCUCCUUGCCUAGUAUGUUUCCCACUUAAAGCAUCCAGAGACUGUAUCCAUAAACCCCAAGAUAAUAGCUCUCACAUGAAUUUAAUCUGCAUCACCUUUAUUUUUGUUUACUAUUUGCUUCUUUGGAUAUCUUCAAUUAAUUGUGAACAUAUUUUUAUACAAUUCUAAUCUCUAGAAAUACCUAUUUUUUUUAAUGGAGAAAAUUAAAGUUAUAUUCUAUGCUAACCUGUGCAAAGGCAAAUAUGCUAGGGUUGCACAUCCACCUCUACACAAGUGGUUUUGCUUGUUACAUGGACAAGACUGCUAAAUUACUCAAUGUUAAGAGCAAAUCUACAGUGUUAGUGCUUGUGCUGCUGUUUGCAGGGCACAGAGGUUCUGCAAUAGCUGUGGAACCACAGGGCUGCCUUUAGGAGGUUGUUGUGAAAGGAUUGCUGAUGUAUGGAGAUAGUUUAUUAAAGAACUCUGCAGCUCUCUGGUGUUAAAUCUUCCCUACUGUGGCAAAAUGUUCUGUUUCAGCAGUCUUUCCAAGACCAGUGGUGACUGGUUAGAUUAGAUGCAGCAAAAAGAUAGCUCGACUUGGAAGGGAUUGUAUGGCAGAGAACCAAAACGAUGGGAGGAAAAAUUAUAUCCUCUUGUUUCACAGGCACCAGAGAGCAUUUGUAACUGUGUGGGACUUCUUUUCUCUUGAGACUGACUUAAGGCAGAUAUUCAGUGUAUCUUCAGUGUAUCUUUCUGAACAGCUGUGUAGCUCUGCUUUUAUUUAGCAGCAUGGAAAACACUUUAGUUUGGCAUGGGAAUUAGGUUAAUGUAGAGAAGCCCACUGUGAGAAGUUGUCUGUACCUUUCUAGGAGGGCGGUGUUUUGGUGCUGACGUUGCGUGGCACUUUGCCUGUGCUGACAAGAAGGUACAGUGCUGAACCUGUAUCAUGUCCACUACUUUAUCGGAUCCAUUGUUUUCUUUAUGUAGAGUUUGAGUGAAAACAACUGUCAGGCCUAAGGCAUAUGCACAUUAGUGGCAUGUGUGCCGAAAGUCACCUGGCUGUUAAUAUGGAAGGUAUUCAGGCAAAACAUUCAUCAACACAAAUGCCUAAAGACAAAAUUCUUCAUCGAGUCAGAGAUCUGGUUUUCAAUCUCAACACCUACUUUUCCUCUUGAAGGCAGCAAAGUGUAUGAGGACUCAUCUCUCACGCUCCUCAGGUCCUUUGUGUUUGUGCAUCUACUAUUAUGGGUUCAUGUACCUACCUUUAGCUUAUGUUGCUACUGUCAUUUCUCUCCUCCCACCCCUCCUUACCAUGCCAAUUUUGGCAAGCAUUUUGUUCCCCAGCACUGAACUAAAAGUAGCUACAACAUUAUACUGAUCUUGCAUUCUUUCUAGCCACAAAUCUGUGUCUUCAGUGUACGUAUGACAAAUCAAUCAUUUUGUACGCAGCGCUUGUGUCAUGUCACGCUUAUUUCAGUUGUUUGCCUUUAUUUCACUGGCAGGAUGAUUCUCACAAUAAAUCCAUUGUCUUUUUUUCUUCCAAAUACAUAUGAAUAAAUAUAUAUAUAUAUAUAAAUAUAUCUCAAACUUGCAAGCAGGGCUAGUUAUUUGUAUUUUUUAAGCUUAAAGUAUACCGUCCGGUGCUGACAAGUACCUAGCACCUCUUCUGAAGUUCUUGCACAACUCUGUUUAGCUUUUGUAAAUUAAAAGAGAAACAAAACAACUAUAGAGAGACCUACGUGUUUGAAACAUAAAUGAUAUAUAUGGAUUAGCAUGUAACUGUAUAUUAUUAAACAUGCAAUGAACUGACUGGUAAGUGAAGUCUAAUGGUUAGCAAUGUAAUUUAUUCAGACUGUAUUUUUGUACAGCGCAGUGCACACUAACCUAUUGCCUCCGUGUCCUCUAUAAUGCCUAAAACUGUGCCUAGAAAUUUCAUUUCUGUCUUGAAAGGAAAAAGAAAAAAAAAAAACACCAAAAAAAAGAAAGACAACUAAAUGCUUCAUGUUGUUGAUGGCAUUGUUUUUUCUGAUGUUGUUCUUUAUUUAUUUGGGGGGAAGUGUGUGGUAUUGUUUAUUAAACAAAUCCAUCAAACCACGGUUUGUUCUAAAUGGUCGUUGGUAGCAGGGAAAGACUCGUUUGUUUGUUUGGGGUUGGGGUUUUUUUUUGUGUGUUAUCAAAACUUUUUGAGUUUGGAGUUUUAAUACCAUUUCUGCAUUUCACAGUUUUUGUAGCUGACAUAAAGUUUUAUGUGAAAAAGUAACUGAAAUAAAAAAGAAAUUGUUACAGUAAGCAAA